AUGGCCGAAAAUAAUUCUAGCGAUGGCGCUCCCAAAAAGCACAUCCUUUUGAAUGCAUUUGACAUGUCCACGGUAGGACAUUUGUCGCCCGGUCAAUGGAAGAAUCCAGCAGAUAAAUCAGCGACUAAGCGCUCCCUCGAUUAUUGGGUCAAUCUUGCAAAAUUGCUAGAGCGCGGUGAUAUCAAUGCCCUGUUUUUGGCUGAUACUUAUGGCGGCUAUGAUACGUAUGAGGGCUCUCUAGACAAUUGUAUCCGGCGCGCAGCGCAAUGGCCAAUGACUGACCCGUCUAUUCCGAUCACUGCCAUGGCUGCCGUGACAAAAAACCUCUCAUUCGCCAUCACUGCUUCAACCUCGUUUGAGCCACCGUUCCUGCUUGCCAAGCGAUUCUCGACCCUAGAUCAUUUAACAGGAGGUCGGUUUGGAUGGAAUAUUGUGACAGGCUGGAAGAAAGGAGCUUUCAAAGCCAUUGGUUUGGAUGAACCCACCGAUCACGAUCUCCGCUACGCUCAAGCGGAUGAGUAUUUGAGAGUUUUAUAUAAGUUGUGGGAAGGUUCCUGGGCCGAAGAUGCUAUUGUGAAGGAUGUCGAAAACGAUAUCUAUGCAGACCCUGACAAAGUGCGCACUAUCAAGCACGAAGGGGAAUUUUAUCAUUUAGAAAGCAGACAUAUUGUCGACCCCAGCCCUCAGCGCACUCCGUUGUUGUUCCAAGCGGGUACUUCUCCAGCUGGUUCAAAAUUCGGAGCCACCCACGCCGAAGCAAUUUUCGUCUCUGGUCACAGCCCAUCAGUGCUGAAACCACGUGUAGCAAAUAUUCGCAAGUUGGCUCAAGAAGCCGGCCGAGACCCGCAAUCACUCAAAUUCUUUAGUACUGUGACACCUAUCAUUGGUCGCACCGAGGAAGAAGCAAGAGCAAAAUUUGAAGAAGCAAAGAAAUAUGCCUCCACGAUUGGAGGUUUGGUUCUCUUCUCAGGUUGGACAGGUAUCGACAUCUCAAAGGUACCAAUCGACGAGGAGAUUGACCCCGAGAAGCACUCUCUUGAAAAGCACAAAGUGCACUCCAUUUCCGAGACGUUGACUGCGCGAACCCCAGAAUUGCCCUCUCUCACCCCUCGAAUUAUUGCCGAGGCGGCUGCUAUUGGUGGUUUAGGGCCUGUUCCUGUGGGGACACCCUCUCAAGUUGCCGAUGUUCUUGAAAAAUGGGUUCAAGAAGCCGAUCUCGACGGAUUCAAUGUCGGCUAUGUCACUACUCCUGGUACAUUCGAGGAUGUGGUCGAUUUGCUGAUACCAGAGUUGCGGAAAAGAGGGUUGUACCCGGAAAAGAGAGAAGAUGUCUCCGGUCUGACCGCACGAGAAAAGAUUUAUGGACAAGGUCAGAGUAAGUUGAGGGAUGACCAUGUUGGAUCGAAAUACAAAUACGAUGUGUACAAGGAGGAUGCGCCGUUUCAGAAGAAUGCUGAAGAGACCGCUCCCUGA